UUGAAUAUACCACUACCUGCGCUAAUUUCAACCUUGGUUACCUGUAUUUUGUACCUACAUCAUUGUACACCGAUCCCAUGGCAACAGAUACAUAAAACUGAUAAACAAGAAACCUCGAUGGAAAUACGGAAAAUACAUGUAUCAGGUCUUGUUAGUUGUAGUACUGAUACUUUAUAUCUAGCAUUUUGGGGAAUAAACAGUGAUUUUGUGAGUCUUUGUUCUAGAGAAUGGACGAUUACCGGGAACAUCUGCUUAGCAGCCUUUAUUCUCUGAUGUCAUCAAACAUUCUUACUGACGUCACAUUCAGGGUCAACGACGUGGACAUCUUUUGUCAUAGAAACGUUCUGGCAGCUUCCAGCUCAUACUUUCGCGCUAUGUUUACCAGUCCUGUGAUUGAAAAAGAUGAGGCAAUCAUCCCUAUACUCAACAUUGACCCAGAUGUAUUCCGAGAUAUCAUUGGAUACGUCUACACAGGCGAUGUCAAAUUGACCAAUGAAAACGUCCAAGACAUACUGGUGGCUGGCUCAAUGUUUGAGCUGCCUUAUUUGAUUGGGCGUUGCUCUGAUCACAUGAUCAAUGAAAUUUGCCAAUCAAAUUGCGUUGAAGUAUUUCUGUUUGCCUCACAUUAUUCCUGUUUGAAGUUAAAAGACGCCGCGAGAAAUUUUAUCCAGGAAAGAUUUUCGGAGCUUCUUAAAACGCAAGAAAGUAUCUUUGACCUCAGUUUCGAAGACUUUGAGGAACUUGUAGAAAGUGACGACAUCUGUGUAGAUAAAGAGGAGACCGUUUUUGAAGCCAUAAUUAAGUGGAUUGAUGUCGAUAAAACAAGGGUCAAGUGUAUUGGAAAACUAUUCAAACAUGUGCGUUUAGCUCUAACUAAUUUUGAAUAUAUCAAAACGGUUAUAGAAGUGAAUGAAUAUAUUAAAGACGAUGUACAAUGUGCUGAUUAUUUAAAGCUUUAUAACGACUACUUAACAAGUAUGGCUGAAAGUAGUGAUCAUCCAAACUGUCAGAAAAAUAUGAACUUAACACAACGUUACGGAAUGUUUUGUAAACCAAUGCUUAUAUUUUCUGGAGGAGGCAACACAAGGGAGGAGAGAUCCUUAACGGCCUUUGAUCCGGUGUCUCACAAAAACUACAUUGGCGUCACACCGCACCCCACCUUUGAUUUUAAAUGUAAGGUCGACCAUUUCCAACUAGUCACAGUUGAUAUGAACAAAAUCUAUUUCCUUGGUGGGAUAUUUUUCGAUAAUCACCAUAUGGAAGAUCACGGCCAAGCAUUGAAUGAGGUUCUACGAUAUAACAUGAAAAAAGCUAAAUGGGAAUCGAUGAAAGGCAUGCAAGUCUCUAGAUGUUGUUUUUCAGCAACUGUAGUUGGAAAAAAUAUAUACACCAUAGGAGGAAAAUCGAAGUUUCCUAGAGGUCCACCAACAGAUUCAGUGGAACUAUAUGACACGGAUAAUAAUACAUGGAUAAGUGUAUCACCACUUCCCGUAGGAAUUUACUCACACACCUCGAUUGCAACAAAAGACGCCAUUUUUCUUUUUGGCGGGAAAGAUGAAGACGAUGAUAUCCUUGACACUGUUUUUAGAUAUGACGUAAUUUUGGACUCUUGGACUCUGGUUACCACACAAAUGCCGAAACCUCGUGCUUUUGCGACAUCGUUUACUUUUAAGUCUCAAUUGUAUGUCAUCGGUGGUGCUUCGUUCCAUGAGAAUAUGCUGGCUGUGCUUAUUUACGAUUCAGUAAAGAACAAAUGGUCUUACGGCGAGGAUUUCCCCGAAGAAAGAAAAAUUGUGGUAGCAGAAUAUCACGAUGGAAAUAUUUUUGUCUGCGGAGGCGUGCAACAACUGGGACUAAGCGGAAGACGAAGUCGUCAAGUUGAGUCACGUGAUUUGUAUAAAUACGACAUCACUGAUAAUACGUGGACUAAGCUGGUUAAACUUGUGCAGUAUGGGAACACCCAUUCGCUGUCUUUCGCGAUAAUGAACACAAAAUAUUUGGAUGAAAGUGACUUUAUUAGCACAAUAUAACAUUCUAAACGAGCGUUUCGUAACAUGAACAGGGUGCGAUAAUAAAACAUUUUUACAUUAAGUACAUUUAAUACGAGAGGUUAUUACAGUUAUUUUGUUUUGACUUCGUUAUCGCUCAUUGAAAUGAACUCUUAACUCGUAUCUGAACUACGAGUGACAUGCAAUGAGUUUCCAGGUUUUAUUUGUCUUAAUCCGUUUUGUUUUCUGUUAAAGUAAAAUGACUUGAAGUAAAAUCUUAAUGAUUUAGGACGGGCGGAGGGAGGAUAUCGAACGAGCCCUUCUUAAUCAUUAAGAUAUUACUUCAGUUCAUCUAACUGACUAAAGAAUACAACCUCAUUAGCUGACACAUUGUCAACGCAAAAUCUUAUUCGGGGAGUGUGUAUCGGAUGAGUGGCAGUUGGCGGACCUUUAAACAUCCGCGAAAGUUGAAAUUCUUAAGGCGUAAGUCAUUAAAGCAUUGCCUAUCUGCAAUUUUAUUGGCUGAAAAUGUAGGUUGUAUUCUUGAUAAUGAUAUGUUAUUUAUACAUGUGUAUUUUUAUUUCUUUUACCCCUAUCUGUAAUAGUUAUUAACGAAAUACUUCUGUGAUAUCUAUGUCAAUGGUGAUAGUUUAUGUUUCUCUAUCUUUUCACUUUGUAUAAAAUAAAGUAUUAAUA